AGUUUCUUGCUUUGGGUACCCGACUGAUAUAUGUAAAAGUUCACCGUUGGUGGCGCGCUGCAUCAGAAGAAUUUUGCAGACUGCAAAAUGGCAACACAGCAGAUGAGAAGGUUAUUAAAAUUAGCAGCACUGCCUGCAGUGGCCGGCUCUGCUAGCCUGGCUCUUGGGAUUCCAGUGCUGAAAGCGGAGGCUCUUCCCAUUCCAGGGGAACCAAGGCGAAGAAGAGUCUUGCCAAAGGAGUUGCCGAUUUACGACGAGCCCAGCAGUGAAGCGGAGUACCGGUUAGAACCAAUUGACACCAGUGGCUACGUGUACCAGGCUGUUUCAGUCGUCAGGCAGAAUAUCUGGAAAUUUUCAGAGUCAGUUGAGGGUGCGGUUGAGAAAACUAAACAAGCCUACAGAUUCGUUGAAAAGACAGAACAGGACAUCAUCGCUUACAUCAAGACGGAGGAAGGUUUCUACCCACGAGUCUCUGCCAUCGCACUGGCCGGUCUGACCGGAGUAGUUCUGGCCAGGAAAGGGGGAGUGUUCCGUAAGGUUCUAUACUCCGGUGUUCUGAUGACGGCCACAGCGUCCGUCUGCUAUCCUUACCAGGUCGUUAAGAUUACCAAGGCAGAGUACCAGUCAUUGCAGUCAUUCUGGAGGGAUAGUAUCGGAAGUGGAGUCAUCGACAGGGUCCAAGGCAAGAUGAGUCAAGGAUCUGGCAAGAAGAAGGAAACAGAAUCAGAGAAUCCAUCUCUAGCACAAGAAGAUACACCGACGUCCGAAGAUAACGCUUCUGAAACAGCGCCCUCUAGUGACUCAACGCAACCAUCAGCCGACCACGGGAUGGCCAAUCCAGAAGACAAAGACAUGUACUCGACACGAACCUCGUGAUAAUUGGGAGAGUUUAAACAUCAUAAAUAUUCACACUUGAAAUUGAAAAUGUUAUCGGAUGAUUUGUAAUAAAGAAAACAAAAUCUGCAUCCUUUGCGAGUGAUAUUUUCUAGGUUUGAAGCGUUACUAAUGUUACUCACAUUAUAAACAUAUGGGUUCUGUUUUGUGAUUAGUGCCCCUAAAAGGUGAAAUAUACAACUUUUGCUUUCGCUUUAAUUUUCAGAAAUGGAUGGAUUUGGGGGUUAGAAUUUUUUAGGCAAAUAUUGUUACACUGACCUGUUUAAAGUUUUGUAUUCAUAGAUGCUGGAAAAACCAAGAAAAAAAUGCUGUUCUUGUAGUCUGGUUCCCUGACCCUACUUCAGAUAAAAUGGAACAAUUUAUAGAUGUCAGGGAAUUAUCAGGUUAGGGAACCAGACUUGGCUUGCAUCCAUUCACGGAUGUAUAACCAAUUGCAAACAAAAUGUGGACUAGAACUUAAAUUUGGUAAAUUUGGGCAGUAUUUAAACAAAAAUAAGUUUUUCACACAACUAUGGUUGGCUGACCUUCGUUGGAAAUUGAUACAAAAAUACCAUUUUUCUUGAAAAUGUCAGCACACCAGGUACCAUGAUUUACAGGAUGCUUGAGACUAUUAUUCACUUGUCAUCAAUAUAAUUUAACCCAAUAUAUGCUGAAAUGCUUGAAGUUUUCCUGAUGUUUUUGAUGUGGUUAAAAUUCUUUGAUUUUAUUCAAGGAAAACAAGACAACAAAUAAGUAUUUGUUAAUAGUAAUAAAUACUGCUUUUCACAUGUGUAGUUUUGUAUGUUGAUUGCCGGGUUUUGUUGCAUGAAAGAAUGAUUGCAUUAAAACAGAUAUGAAAUCAUA